AACACCACCACCAUCCAGCGUCAUCUCAUCCCCGUUUGGCCAUUCAGAAUUCCUUUCGCCUCAUUCCGAACCCGCGGCUGUGAGCCUGUGACGAAAUGGCGCGCCACGCCGGGAAGCCCUUCCUCUUCGCGCUCCUCCUCGUGCUGUCCGGCCUCAUCCUCCUCCCGCUCGCCUCCUCCGUCCCCACGCCAAGAAGCUUACGCUUGGGGAACCCGCAGCAGCACCCGCCGGCUCUGAAGCUUGCUUUUUCUCAGCAGGAGAUGGCGAUGGCGGCGAGGAACCUCGGCCGGCGGGCGGCUAGGAUGGCCGUUGAGGUGAACGACUACCAACCGUCCGGCCCCAACAACCGCCAUGACCCGCCCAAGGGUCCCGGGAGAGCGUGAACACGGAGCUGGACCCAGCAAUAAUCCUUCAUCUUCACCAAAUCACCAGUAGUACAAAGUUUGCUCCUGUGUUCUAAAAUGGUAGCAGAAACGGAAUCACCUCGUAGUUACAGAAGGGGUGGGUGUGAGUGUGAUCAGUGCCUGUCCAUAUACCGUGUCCGUGUGCGUGCGCGUGUGUCGGGCAGCACAUCGAUCGGCUGGCUGUUCUUAGGUUUGUUCGUCGGAACUGCAGGUCGAUCGGUUUCUCGUGCUGCAGGUGUCGAGAAUACAGUGCUGCCAGAUAAUUCAGCCUCUGUUCCUCCGAUCUUGUCAUGGAUUAUUUAGAGCACUAAUUUGAGAUGAGUGGCAUCA